AAACGGAAGAACCGUUAGCGCGAUCCUGUAAUGUUUACAUCUGGCAACGUGCUUGUUUGGAUCUGUUUCUGUCCAGAAAAUUCUAUGCAGUUUUGAGAAUCGUUUGAAUAUACAUCCAUAUACAUCCUUGACUGAAGAAACAACAUAGAGAAUGGUAAAGUUACACAUUAAGAAAGGAGAUGAGAGCCAGUUUCUCUAUGAAACAACAGUGGAGAUGCCUGUAGAUGAUUUGGUAAAGGAUGUUUCAGCCAUAUACAAUGGCAGACUUAAAGUCCAGAGACUCUGUGCAGAAAUGGAAGAACUUGCCAAACAUGGAGUUACGUUACCUCCAAACAUGCAAGGUUUAACCGAGGAACAACUUGUGGAAUUAAAACUUAAAGAUGACUGGGGAGAGAAGUGUAUACCAAGUGGAGGUUGGAUAGAAUUUAAAGACCCGCUGACAAUUAGGAAUGGAAAAGCACCACAGAAGAACAUGGCAGAUUUGAUAAACAAGACAAUAAAAGAAGCCAAAGACAUGAUAUCAAAGAAAAAGGUGCAAUCAGACGAUUUAGUUACUCAAGCCACAGUCAAAGAAGCACUAGACAUAUUACGUGGUGCUAUAAUGAUUGUAUAUCCAAUGGGAUUACCACCUCAUGACAAAAUCAAACAGGAGAUUGAAAAUGAAGAGGAUUUGUCUGGAACACAGGCUUCUUUAGACGUAAUUGAAGAGGAAAACGCAUCAAUUUGGUUCUCAGGAAAAGAAAUGUUAAGAGGAAAGAAACUGAAAGAUUUUGCUGGAAAGAAUGAAAAGACAAAAAUUAUAGCAAAAAUUCAAAAGAGAGGACAAGGAGCUCCUGGCAGGGAACCAGUUGUUAGUGAAGCUGAACAGAAACAAAUGAUGGCAUAUUACUAUAAGAAACAGGAAGAAAUGAAGAAACUUGAUGCAGAAAGUGAGGAGGCUUACUUAGAUUCAGAUUGGGCUGACAAUGCAGCACUUAAGAGAAACUUCCACGGACUCAAUAACAUCAAAUGGGGACCGAAAUAGGGCUGUAAUGUUUAUGACAACCAUCCAUGUGUUCAAAAUAACUAAGGAAGAUGUAUCUGUGCUACAUAUACUUCUGUAUGAAAUUUAUCAUAUGUACUGGCUCUGUUUCUAAGAUAAUAUUAUAUACAUUAAUGAAUUUACCAAGCUAAAUGUUACACCAAACAGUAUAUUAUGAUGUUUAAAAUCUUUGUGAAAGGUUUACUGAAGCUAAUUUUUGGAUUAAGUCGAGUUAAAAAACCCAGAAAUAUGUGAAAAUAAAACCAUGCUAACCUGUUUGGCCUUUGAAUGGACAAAAAAUGAUCUUCUAAAGGCUAAUAAAAUUUAUACAAUGUUUCCCCAAUAUAAAUGUUUCAUAUAUGAAGUGUUAAAUGAAGGUAAUAGACAUUUCAAUACUCUUUAAAUAUCUUAACACUUCACUGUUCAAGUUGUGUUAACUGGUUAUUUAAUGUUGACCUUGAAGAGAAAUAUAUCAGCAGCAUUGAUGCCUAGACUGAAUACCAAAUGAUAUUUGGUUUUCUCCAGAUUCUUCAAGAGAACAGUUUUGCUUCAGUUUGUAUCCUUUGAAACAUUGCUACGACCAGUGAUGCCAUUCAUUAUAAAAUGUACCAGUAUAUCUUUGAGAUAAUCUUAUUUGGUGCAUUUGUUUACGAAUGAAUAUAUUUUUAAUGCUGGCCUUUAAAAAAGGUUUACAUUGGACAUUUUUAUCAAACAAUUAGAAUUUGUUUUCAUCAGAUUAUCAUUAUGUUUUUCAUUAAUGUGUAAUAUUCAUUAGACAAACACAUCACUGCUUUUAAGAUAUGAUCAGCAAAACAUGUUCAUGAUUCAUUAUGUAUUAACAGGUCAAUGUCUUAGCAAGGAGGUUAUAUUAGAAGGAGAGAGGACGAAAGACGAUAAUUACACAUAAAAUGUUACCGACUUUUCUGUAAGUGGGUGUUAAUUAGUUGGGAUUGACUCUGUCACAGAGAGAGAUUUUGUCAUAAUUACAUACCCGAGUAAGAACGGAAACACCCGAGGUGUCAUAAACUGGGAUAUAUACAAUUAUUGAAAUGUUAAUUUUUUGUGAUAUUUUUUAUUAAGUAAUUAAAAAUUAAAAUGUUAUGUUAAAAGUAAACUUAUUACCAAUAGAAAUAAAACGAAUAUCGGUCUCAUUGCCGUCAAUGUUAAUAUCAACAGUCAUAACAGAAAGUCACUUUGACGUUGUUUCCGAUAAAUUUCUCUAUGUUUCAAUUGCAAAUUUUCCUUCCGGUCGUUACCGGUCACCGUAGCUAAAGUACUUUGCAUAUUCGUAUAUUUUCUAUGAUUAUUACCUGCCAAUUCUCAUAAGCAGGAAUUGACCGGUGAAGCGAAAAUCUUUGUUUAAAGCAAUGUAGUGUUGAAUAAAAAUCGCUCACUAACUUUCCUUUAAACCCUCAUAACUUUGUCAUUUCUUUAUCUUUUUUCACCGUAGACAGACGGUUGAUUUUGAAAUUGCCCGUCAAAUCUUUUUCCAAAUCAUAAACACCUAUGCACUGCACUGUAACUAAAAAUACACCUGAACUUUAAUGACCCAGUCACUGAUAACAAUCACGUGACACAUGCGAUUUAUCUAAUAGUCCGAACUACUCGCGGUAACAGCCCGGUACAUCAGAGGGCCAUGUCAAGUGGGUGAUAAACAUGUCGGUUUCUUUAUAAUUUUAUCAUUUUUCUCUGAUCGAACUGCUAUCCUGGGGAUGCUAAUUUUGUAUCAAGCAGAGUGUUCACUCUCCUUCUAUAUAACCUCCUUGGUCUUUGUGAAAAUUCUUAUUGAGCUCAAUGAGUUUGACAUUAUGUGAAACUAAUUAUAUUUUUAAAUAAGUGUUCUUCAUAUUUGUUCUGCAUUAUUUAUUUAUUGUAUUGUAAAAUUAAAUUAUUAAUGAUGUAUUUCUUAUAUUAAUGAAUGAAUUUGAUUAAAUUAAAAUAAACUGUAUUUA